AAGUAGGAGCCUGGGAACCUGGGGUCCUGAGGCAUGGCUUGGGCUCUCAGGCUUGCGGGGCGGUGUCGGGCGGGGAGUCGGAAAGUUUGUGCUUUGGGGACCUUCGCUCUGUCUGGGGCUUGCCCCGGCAGAGGAAGAGUGGAGCCCACGGAACCGGCCCGGAGAGCCUGCGGGGACGUGGUUUUCCCGUCGGGCGGAGCCCGAGGGCGGGCGCGGAGAUUUCCUAUGGACCCUUAACCGGUGGCCCUCUCAGAACCAGUAGGAGGGAUAAGUGGUGUUUUCAAAUCCAAGUUCUGAGACGACCACAGUGCCUACCGUGGAAGAGACUCAUAAAUAUUGGAAAAAGAAAAAAAAAAGAGUUAACAGUUGGUGGCUAGGGUCCAAGACCAGAUUGAUGGAUCAAGCUGUUCUGUCAACCCUGAGGUCUCAUGAGGGAGAAGAACCUUGAUCCCUGCCCCAUGGGAGGCCCAGACAUGAUGGAAACACACCCAGAGCCUGGCAAACCCUCGGAAACAGCUGGAGUGCAAAGUGGGCAGCUGAGCCUUGAGUGAACUUGGGCUGUAGAAAUGGAGAAGAGUCCGUCAGGAAAGACUCCUUGGUGGCAGUGACAUGGCUGUGCCCCAGGCUUCUCCACCGGGGCCCCUCCAUGAGCCUGCCAUGGAUCUCCAGCCUUGCCCUCGAAGCUUGGCUGAGAGCUUCCUGGAGGAGGAGCUGCGGCUCAAUGCUGAGCUGAGCCAGCUGCAGUUCUCGGAGCCUGUGGGCAUCAUCUACAAUCCUGUGGAGUACGCGUGGGAACCACACCGCAGCUAUGUGACCCGCUACUGCCAGGGCCCCAAGGAAGUGCUGUUCCUGGGCAUGAACCCCGGACCCUUUGGCAUGGCCCAGACUGGGGUGCCCUUUGGGGAAGUGAGUAUAGUCCGGGACUGGUUGGGCAUUGGGGGACCUGUGUUGACCCCACCCCAAGAGCACCCGAAGCGACCAGUGCUGGGACUGGAGUGCCCUCAGUCAGAGGUGAGCGGUGCCCGGUUCUGGGGCUUUUUCCGGAACCUCUGUGGACAGCCCGAGGUCUUCUUCCGUCGCUGUUUCGUCCACAAUCUGUGUCCUUUGCUCUUCUUGACUCCCAGUGGGCGCAACCUCACGCCUGCUGAGCUACCUGCCAGGCAGCGAGAACAGCUUCUUGGGGCCUGUGAUGCAGUCCUUUGCCGACAGGUGCAGCUUCUGGGGGUGCGGCUGGUGGUGGGUGUGGGGCGGCUGGCGGAGCAGCGGGCCCGGCGGGCUCUGGCAGGCCUGAUGCCCGAAGUGCAGGUGGAGGGGCUCCUGCACCCCUCACCUCGGAGCCCUCAGGCCAACAGGGGAUGGGAGGCAGCAGCCACGGAGAGACUGAAUGAGCUGGGGCUGCUGCCACUGCUAACAAAGUGAGGGCCCCUGUGGCCCAGCACAGGAGGUUUUCUAGGCCCCCAGGUCAUCCCAGGGGGAGCAGAGGACUGUGGGUGCCCUGGACUGGAGCCACAGGCUCCUUCUGGUCUCCCUGGUUGCUGGGACCUGCCGUGGCAGUUUUGACACUACUCCCUGCAUCCUUCACCUUCUUUGAGCGUUGCCCCUGCGGUAUCCGGCUGCACGGAGCCUUGGUGUCCGAGGAGUGCUCUACCUCACCGUGUCUUGGGGAGCCUCUGGUCAGCUGUGAGUGGUCUGAGCAGUGACUUCUGAGGCUGUGUUUGAGAGAAGAGCCUGCCAGGAUCCUCACCUGUCCUCUUAGAACAACUGCCUUCAAGCUGAGCCAUUUCCUCACAGGGACCAGGACAAAUGGAGGGCUAUGGGUGUUACGAGUGAACUUCUUCCGGGAGACGGAAGCUGGAUCAGAGAAAGGAUUCAGCGUGGCCGAGUGGGGAAGACCAGAAGACUGGCUUUCUUCAUCUUGGCUUUGAGACUUCAUGACUCUGGACCAACUUGAUUAACCUCUCCAAGCCUCGGGAUCCUCGUCUGUAAAAUGGGGCUCCCUGCCGCAUGGGGUGGGGGUGGGGGUGGGGGUUAAGUGAGAUAACACUUGAAAGUGCCUUGCUUCGUGCCUGGCAGGUGGGGGCUCCUGCUUCUUGCUUUUUUGCCUCUUGAUUGGGGUGUCACUGUACCACACUACAGGGGGAGCUCCCCCACUCCGAAGACCUUGCUGGGUGAGGGGUGGAUCCUUGUCCUGCUACAGGUGGACCGAUAACUUUAUGAAAAACCCAGCCUGUGAUUUUUCAGUCUGAGCAUUAAAAACUCUCAAACCGGGGCGCCUAGGUGGCUCAGUCAGUUAGGCGGCUCAGCCAGUUAGGCUGCUGCCUUUGGUGCGGUCAUGAUCUCUCA